AAUAAUAUUUUCCUUCACAUUUCUGCCCGGUGACGGCUUCAUCUGCAACCUCCAGUCUCCAGCUUCAGAAGAUCGAGUUAAAGUUUCAGAGCGAUAGAAUCUACAAGAUGGAGGGAACUGGAAGGAGAUCGAGAUUCUCACUCCUGCUUCUUCCUCUGCUGAUUUCUCUGUCAAUUCCCUGCAUAUCUGCCGCUUACAAGCCAGGCGACAUCGUCCCCAUGAGCAAGAUGGGCCUUUAUCACUCUAUGAAAACCGAAUGGCAUGAUAUGAUCGGUCGACAUUGCCCAAUAUUUGCUGUCAAUCGUGAGGUGUUAGUUCCUAUAGCGAAGCCAAUGGGUUAUACAGGAGCUGAUGCUUAUAAGAUAUCAUUUCAAGUUGGGAGAGAAAAGUUUUUAAUACCGUGGCUUUUUGUGAUAAAUCGUAAAAGUUCUGAGGUCCCAAUGAUUGAUGUCCAUUUGAGGUACUCGGGAAGUGAUCUGCAUGGUGUCACUGCUAAAGUUGUGGAUAUGCCUCACCACUACUUAGAAAUCCAUCCAGAUAUUCGCAAACAAUUUUGGGAUGCUCAGCACUGGCCAAAGCAUGUGCUGGUCAGAUAUACAUGGGAGGAGCAAUCAGAGAUAGACGUGACUUCUGGAUUUUAUGUACUGUUUGGAUCAGGUCUCAUGCUUUCUUUUAUUCUGUCGAUAUACAUCUUGCAAUCAUCACGGGACAAGUUAGCAAGGUUCGUGAGGGAGAGAGUUGCAGAAAGCAACAUGCCUGCUGGAGGUGUGGCAAAGGUUGAAUGAUAGAACACCAUUGAAAGCGUCAAUACAUCGUCUUCAUGUGCAACUCAGUCGGAAAGAGAAAAUGAAACUAGUUGGGGUAGGUAUGAUGCAGUGAACGCGUAUGUUGUUAUCUGAUUUCACUCAAGAAGAUCGAUCUCCAAUCUCUCUAGAAGAAGAAAGCUGAAUGAAAUUUAAACGCCCGAAAGCCUGGUCAGAGUUUUAACUAAUCAGACUGAAAUCUUCUUUUUAUGUCCGCAAUUGAUAUGUAUGGUCACAAACGGUUUAAACUCUCACAGUUGUACCUCAAGGAUACUUAACCAUGCUAAGAACCUGUUUGUUGCAUAGAUUAACAUGUUUCUUUUGAGAUGUCAAUGUAUUCUGGACAUGGAUUUCCAGAUACACAGAUACAAAUAUGAAAUAUACAACCAUUAAUUUGAUCAGAA